AGACCAAGAAAUACGUUUCCAGAAAUCGCUAAAGAAGCUAUCUUAUCCCAUCCUGGUGGCAAGAUGACAGCAGCUGAAAUCUUCAAAGUAGUAGAGAAAAAAUAUCCAUACUUUGUUACUGCACCUGAAUCUUGGAAAGCAACAAUGAGGAAUGUUUUAACAUCACAUUCAUGUUUUGUAAAAAUUCCUAGACCGGCAGAUGCACCUGGUAGAGGGGAUUGGUGGUCAACAGUAGAU